AUGGAUGUUUCCUGGUUCGUUUUCGGAAUCAAAAAGACUAUGAAGCGGCUACAAUGGGGGGGUCUAUGGCUAUUAGGCGAUACCUACCUCACAGUUCAUCGAUGGUUUAAAGGAUUUAAUCCAUGGAAGACAGUGGUGACGCCAACGAUGGUAUGGGCUCAACUACUUGAACUCCCGAUAGAGUUUAUAAACAAGGAAGCGGUAAUGAAGAUUGGUGAAUGGUUGGGGAAACCUGUCCGGGCCGACCGCGCUACUGAACUUGGGGCUCGAGGCAAAUAUGCCCGACUGUGUGCGGAGGUUGAUCUCACCCAGCCGUUGAUAUCAAAUUUUAAAAUUGAGGGCACAACUUAUCUAGUCCAGUAUGAAGGGUUGGAUGAUCUAUGCACUCACUGCGGUACUUAUGGGAAAUCUACUAAAAAUUGCCACUGUAUUCCGGAGGGACUGGAGAUGGAGACUGAGGAUGUUAUGAAGGAGAAGGUGGAUAUGCCGGAAGACCCAUCGCAGGGUAGAACAUACGGGGAAUGGAUGAAGGUGUAG